CGGUAACACGUAUUCGGUGAUUGGUUCGCACUUAGUCAAUUUAUGUGCAAUGUAGCGACCUUGCAACAGUCGGCCAUGACGGAUAUGCACCAGACGCCAUGCAGCAGUCUAUCUCCGGUAUACAAGAGCCUGUAUUUCUAAACCUAACCAGUCAAGGAGUUCUCCAUGAUGAGUGACAGUUCAGCCACUAACAAAAGUAUCCAGCCUGCUGUGGGUGUUGACAUUCAGCCAUCACGAACAGGCUUUGCACUGGAAAUGGAUUCAGACAACAAACAGGCAGUUCAGUCUUUGUUGGCCAUGUCAUCAGAAGCCAUUGUUAGAGGUGUUCCACCAGAGAAACAAAGCCAUAUGCUUCCACAGAUGGACCAAUCAGGCUUGACCAGCAUCAGUUCUCUUAAUCAUGUUCCAACAGAUACAGAAGAAAUCCGACAAACGUCUGUUCUAGACAGGGCAACACAUGAAGCAGUUGAGAUGACUUCACCCACUGGUGUUUCCCCAGAUCUGCCAGACUCUAGAACAUAUUUAAUCAGUGACAUUACUGCAUCAAGACAGGGAACAACAGAUGGGAACAGUGGACAAGACGAGACUGUACCAAGAAAUGCAGUUCAUUCUGUUUCAUGUGUGUCUUCUUCAACAACUGUUGUGCCCUCCACUACCAACGUAAAGCCACAUAUCGGUAUUGAUUCAACUGACGACAUGCUUAGUGCUCAAACGCCAACUACACCUGAAGGCAGUGUUUGUGUUUCAUCUGCUACAAUGAACCUUGCAGAGUCCUCGAUCAACCCAACUGAUGAUUCUUAUGUUGAGAAUCCAGUUACCACUGGUCUCACAAAUCCAGACACAGUCCAGGAGAAGCAGAAUGGCCAGUCUGUGCCUGAGACCAGCUGUUCAAUGGACAGUGCCUUCACUACCACUCCUGUACAACUGCACAGUACAGGAAAUAUUAGGGAAACUGAGAAAUAUAAAGAACAGAGUGACAGCAAGCAAGGUUUGCAAACUGAAAAACUCACAACAUCAGAAAUAGUGACUGAUAAGUUUGAAUGUUCAUUUACAGAAAGUGAUGACAGUGAUUCAGAUGGCGAACAUUCAAAAAUGAAGAAAAAAGAUGAUGGGUUCUUUCAGAUAACAUUUGAUAUGGAUGAUGAUUCCAUACUCUCAACAGAAAACAGUGAAUGUGGAACAUUCCUCACAUGUUGUGUAUGUGGAAAGGAACUGCCUGAGACAACAGUAGCAGAAGCAGGUAAAGAAAUGUGUAACACAUGCAGACUUGUCAGAUUCAUGCCAGAGGAAACAAAAGCAAGGGGGAAAAGAGGUAGAAAGAAGACUUUAGCAUCAUCAGAAAGUAAAGUUGCUGUUAAGCCAACAAUUAACAAAUGCCCAAGGAAAAGUACAGUGAAAGUAGAAAAUAAUGAUUCCAUAGCCCCUGUCAGAAAGAGUACAAGAAAGCGAGUAUCAACAAUUGUUAUUGACCAAACAGCUGGGGACUCAGAAGAAGACAUUUCUCUCUCAGAAGAUAUGACUGCUGAUGACUAUGUUGGAGAAGAUAACUACACAGAGGUUAAACAUAUGAAGCCUCGCGAAAAAAAAUGCGUUGUACAAGAGGAAAUCUCUAAGAGUAAGUAUGCUCAAGAGCUAAAUUUGACUCCAACAGUGAAAUCUGAAACAGAUGGUACAACUGAACCAGAAAUUCCUCCAGAAGUGAUGUCACUUAUCAUAAGAGGUAAUAUGCCUCCGAGGAAGAAAGGUAGGCCCAAGGGUUCCAAAAAUAAACCUAAAGCAUUAAGAGCUGCUGAGAAAGUGGCAAAGAGGGAUAUGAAGUUCAACAAGAGAUGGUACAGAGGACGUGGUCCAGUUCCAGAUGCUAAUCCAGAUUCUGCAGAUGGCCUUUGGGCAUGUGAAUUUUGUGGGAAGGCAUUUCCUAUUCGGAGGAAUUUUCUUGCCCAUAGAAGAAAGCAUUCUGGACGACAUAAGUGUGAUGAGUGUGGCGACACUUUUGAGUGUAAUAGUAAAUUGCAGAGGCACAUAAGAAGACAUCGUGGUGAAAAGCCAUUUGCUUGUCACCUAUGUCCAAAAGCAUAUUCAGAAAACAUGUGGCUUCAAAGACACCUUGCAACUCAUCUAUCCGAGGGUCAUGCCCCGCAGCCCAAGCCCUAUCAAUGCAACAUUUGUGGACGCCAGUAUACUCACAAAGGAACAAUGAUCUACCAUGUGAAGACUCACACCGAAACAAAAUUUUACCAGUGUGAUGUUUGUGGGAAGCAGUUCACUCAUAGAAGUUCUCUUGAAUGUCACAUUAAGACCCAUACGGGGGAAAAACCUUAUGUCUGUGAGGUUUGUGGCAAACGUUUUGCUGACCGAAGUGUCCAGCUCAGACACACACGAUCACAUUCUGGAGACAAACCAUAUAAAUGCAGUGUGUGCGACAAGGGCUUCACACAGAGUGGAACUCUCAAUAUACACAUGAGAUUACACACAUCAGAAAAACCAUACAAGUGCAAGAUUUGUGGUACUGGUUUUCUGAAAAGAUGUGAUCUUAGCAAACACUCUAAAUGUCAUGUCGGUGAAAUGCUAACAAAGAAAGCUAACUUAAUAACAUGCCGUGUUAAUGAAGGUAGAGGUGCUGAUAUUCAAGAAAAAGCAGCCCAGAUCCUUAUAAAUGCCUAUGGUGAGAAGAGACCAGACGGAACCAUUGAGAUAAAAACUAGACGACUUGAGCAGCCAGUAGAGACUGAACACUAUGAGCAAGAAGACACUGCUGAGCAUGUUCAAGCAGGACAGGUAGUAGAUAUGAUUCAGACUGUAGGAAUAACUUCGGGCGACACUCACCAUCUUGAUCAACGUGCAAUGAGCAGUCACCAUGAAGUAUCAGAGCAAGAUCAAAUACAGCAACAUUCAGAAGAUAUUCAGCGUCGUGCUUUAGAGUUUCUGGCCAUGAGAAGACAAGAAAUUGAGCAGCAGCAAGGCCUACAGAUCCUCCAUCCACCUCUACACAGGUCCACUAUAGACCUUGGUUCGUUGGAUAGACCAGUCAUGGAUCAUCACUCAAUGGAGAUAGUCACUGAACAGCAGACUUCAGAUAGGCAGAGACUGGAGCAGCAGAUUGAGAGGCAUGUUGAUCAACACCCAGUUGAAAGGCAGCUGCUGGAGCAAGUUGAGGGGCAGGUUAUUGGACAACCGCAGAUGAUAGAGAACCAACAGACAGAACAGCAAAGACUUGAACAAAUGUCACCUCCACAACAGCAACAGCAGCAGCAGCAGCAAGAGCCUGUCUGGAUCUGCAAGUAUAACUAGUCACAACAGUGUGUUAUUCAUUACAUUUUGUAAACUGUCAACAGGUUUUACCUUCAACAUUCAUCACACAGACUAAAGUACAGAAUCAAUGCAAAUUUACUUGGGACUUGAGGAUACUCAUUAACAGUACAGACUUGUGAUUUGUAAUCACUCUUCAUCUAAGUGCUGUAAAUAUUACAGAGGAGUGUGAGAGUACAUCAACUGGGAUGUGUUAUCAUGUCAGUAUGUGUCAAAGUGGACCAGAUCAGGAAAUGAGACUCAAUGAAACAGCAUAGCCUUAUCUUGAAACUGAUUCAAGCCUGCCAUAUAGUUGUUGAUAUAUUGUUGGAAAACUUGACAGAAAAUAUUUGGUUUGAAAUACCCUGCAAUUGAUAUCUAUAUAUCCCUCUUUUUUAUCAAUAUUAUCAUAAAAGUGCUACUCAUUUCUGCCCUAAUUUGAACAUGAUUUACAAGUGUCAUGCCUUGUUGUUGAACUUACAUAAUUGUUAAGCCAGAAUGUAUUACUACUGAAGUUGUGAAAUGGAAUAUCUUGGAAAUACCUCCUUAUAAUAACUAUGAUAUAGACCUAAUUUUAUUAAUGUCAGAUGUAGCACAAAGCAUGCUGUAGUUGGCUCAAGCACACUGUGUGUUACUCAUGAUUGGUUGCAAAUACUAACUCACAUCAUACAAUGCAAAGGAGCAGAGCCAAAAAGGAUGGGAGUUUCAAAUAACAAAGUGUCUACUUACAUGCUGUAGUGCUUGACUGUACAAAUACAUGUGAAGCAGGACUGCUUUAUAUGAGCAUGUUAAUGCUUUGUUGGAAUUUGAUCAAGGCUAAUGGAUAUUUUUCUAAUAAUUAGUUCACAAUACUUUUUUAUAUCAGAGAUAUUUCUUCCAUCAUGAAACUUUGUAUAUUUUUAAGAUAGGCACCAGUUUGUUCAAGAUUUAUGAAAGCUUGGGAUCUGUGUUAAAUUUCUUUUAUUACAUGGUUUUCUUCUGGUCAGUUGGUACAUUUAUCUCAACUGGUAUGACACUGCAUUCUUUUAUGUAACUUAGGUAACCUACCACUUCAAACUUUAUCUGCAAGUCGGAGGUUAAGGAUAUUUUGAAAAGCUGUUGUAUUAUAAGAUUAAAGUAUACUGUGAAGAUGAUCCAAAUGUCUCCUACAGUGUGUUUAAUGGCAUUGGAGAAUUCCUGUGUUGCAUACAAAUCCAUCUAACUCUUACAUUUAUUGACAGUUGAUUCAUAUUUAGUUAAUGACUAUCGAUCUCUGUGAUCUGUAUCGAUAGCCAGCCCUACUAAAAUUGGUCUAAAACAUACUUGCUCAGUUUGUUUUCAAGUCUAACUUUGUACAGUUUGUAAUACUUAGUAACUACUAGUAUAAUACAGAAAUACAUUGCUGACAGUGAGAUAAUAUAUGAUGCCCAACAGUCAAGACAAGGUCAUUCAGGAAUGUUGUAUGUGUCAAUAAGA